AUGGCGAGACCGAGGUUAAAAAAGUUCAGCAAGUUGGAGCUGAUUCUCAUUGUCCUGCUGCUUGUGUUGUUCAUUGUCGCUGUGGUUCUGAUCGUGCUCUUAGCCACUUCCACACAAUCAAAUGAUCCUGACACAACUGCCACUCCCGAUCCUACAACCACAAGAACCACUCUUAACCCGCCCAGUUGCCCAGUGCUAAGUGAACUGGAACGGAUAAGUUGCAUCCCUGACAAGUUACCUGAUAAGGACACGUGUGACCAGCGUGGCUGCUGCUGGGAUCCUCAGGGAGCCGCUAAUGUUUCUUGCUACUAUUCCAGGAAUCAUGGCUACCAAAUGGAGAGUGAUCCUGUGUUUACAAAUGCAGGAUUCACAGCCCAGUUGAAAAACUUGCCUUCUGCACCCCUGUUUGGAAAUGACAUUGAAAACAUCCUGCUCACAGUCGAGUACCAGACAUCGAACCGCCUCCACUUCAAGUUGACUGACCAAACCAAGGGAAGGUAUGAAGUGCCUCAUGAGCAUGUGCAACCCUUCAGUGGAAAUGCUGCUCCUUCCUUGAACUACCAAGUUGAGGUCUCUAAACAGCCAUUUGGCAUCCAAGUCACCAGAAAAAGCAAUAACCGUGUGCUGUUUGACUCAAGUAUUGGACCCCUUCUCUUCUCCGACCAGUUCCUGCAGCUCUCUACCCGACUGCCAAGUGCUAACGUAUAUGGUCUGGGUGAACACGUGCACCAGCAGUACCGGCAUGACAUGAAUUGGAAGACCUGGUCCUUGUUUUCCAGGGACACAACUCCCAAUGAUGAAGGAAAUAACUUGUAUGGCGUACAGACAUUCUUCCUGUGCCUUGAAGAUAACAGUGGAUUAUCCUUUGGGGUGUUUCUGAUGAACAGCAAUGCCAUGGAGGUUACCCUUCAGCCGACUCCAGCAAUCACAUACCGCCCCAUUGGGGGGAUUCUGGACUUCUAUGUCUUCUUGGGGAACACACCUGAGGAAGUUGUUCAAGAAUAUCUAGAGCUCAUCGGGCGGCCAACUCUGCCUUCAUACUGGGCGCUUGGGUUUCAGCUCAGCCGGUAUGAUUAUGGAACCCUAGACAAUAUGAAGAACGUUGUGGAUCGAAACCGUGCAGCACAGCUCCCAUAUGAUGUUCAGCAUGCUGACAUUGAUUAUAUGGACCAGAGGAAGGACUUCACUUACGACCCAGUGAAUUUUAAAGGCUUCCCGGAGUUUGUUAAGGAGCUACACAACAAUGGGCAGAAACUUAUUAUCAUUUUGGAUCCAGCCAUUUCUAACAACUCUCUCCCAAGUGAUCCCUAUGGUCCAUAUGACAGAGGUUCAGCAAUGAAAAUCUGGGUGAAUAGUUCUGACGGUGUAAACGCACUCAUUGGAGAGGUCUGGCCUGGAACAACUGUCUUUCCUGAUUACACCAAUCCCGAGUGUGCUGUUUGGUGGGCAAGAGAACUUGAGCUGUUCCACAAGGAUGUGGAGUUUGAUGGCAUUUGGAUUGAUAUGAAUGAAGUCUCCAACUUUGUUGAUGGCUCAGUUUCAGGAUGUUCCACAAACAACCUCAAUUAUCCCCCAUUCACACCAAAGAUCCUGGAUGGGCACUUGUUCUCUAAGACUCUCUGCAUGGAUGCAAUUCAACAUUGGGGCAAGCAGUAUGAUGUUCACAAUCUGUAUGGCUACUCCAUGGCCAUUGCCACAGCAGAAGCCGUGAAGACCGUGUUCCCAGACAAGAGAAGCUUCAUCAUAACACGUUCUACCUUUGCGGGAUCUGGCAAGUUCGCAUCCCACUGGUUAGGAGACAAUGCUGCCACCUGGAAGGACCUCCAGUGGUCCAUUCCAGGCAUGCUUGAGUUCAACCUUUUCGGUAUCCCAAUGGUAGGGGCCGAUAUAUGUGGCUUUGCCCUGGACACAUCUGAGGAGCUCUGCAGGCGGUGGAUGCAGCUGGGGGCAUUUUAUCCAUUUUCCCGGAAUCACAAUGGCCAAGGCUACAAGGACCAGGAUCCUGCCUCUUUUGGAGCCGAUUCCUUGCUGUUGAAUUCAUCUAGGCACUACCUUAACAUCCGAUACACUCUGCUGCCUUACCUCUACACUCUUUUAUACCGUGCCCACAGCCGGGGAGACACGGUGGCUAGGCCCCUUCUGCACGAGUUCUAUGAGGACAUCAAUACUUGGGACAUAAACCGGCAGUUUCUGUGGGGACCAGGACUCCUCAUCACUCCUGUUCUGGAUGAGGGUGCAGAGAAAGUGAAGGCAUAUGUGCCUGAUGCCAUCUGGUAUGACUAUGAGUCCGGGGGGCAGUUGACAUGGAGAAAGCAAAGCAUUGAGAUGGAACUUCCUGGAGAUAAAAUUGGACUUCACCUUCGAGGAGGCUACGUCUUCCCCACACAACAGCCAGACACAACCACCGCAGCCAGCCGGAAGAACCCUCUUGGUCUUAUCAUUGCUCUGGAUGAAAAUAAAGAAGCAAGAGGAGAGCUGUUCUGGGAUGAUGGGGAGACGAAGGAUACUGUGGCCAAGAACAUUUACCUAUUCACUGAAUUUUCUGUCACCCAAAACCAUUUGAAUGUGACCAUUUCAAGUCCAAACUACAAGGAUCCCAAUAACUUGGCAUUCCAGGAAAUUAAAAUCCUUGGGACAGAGGCAAUUUACAAUGUUAGAGUGAAACAGAAUGGUGUCCUUAGUCAGAUGUCUCCUCAAAUCACUUACAAUUCAAACCUGAAGGUGGCCACCAUCACAGAUAUCCAUCUUGUGCUGGGAGAAGCAUACACAGUUGAGUGGGACAUCAUGAUGGACCAGGAGAAGAUAGACUGCUACCCAGAUGAGGAUGGUGCAACUGAGGCCAAAUGCACUGCCCGUGGCUGCAUCUGGGAGGAAUCCAGCUCUUCUGGGGUCCCUUACUGCUACUUUGCCAAUGAGCUGUACUCAGUCAGCAAUGUUCAGAAUCACCCGAAUGAGGCCACAGCAAACAUCUCCUUAAAGCCUUCUCCUUAUAGCAAUGCCUUCCCGUCUACACCCGUGAAUCAGCUGCAACUGCGCGUGAUCUACCACAAGAAUGAAAUGCUGCAGUUUAAGAUCUAUGAUGCCAAUCACAGUCGAUAUGAAGUCCCAGUGCCUCUGAACAUCCCCUCUGCUCCAUCCAGCACCCCUGAAGGCCGUCUCUAUGAUGUCCUCAUCAAGGAGAAUCCAUUUGGGAUUGAAAUUCGCAGGAAGAGUACAGGCACUGUAAUCUGGGACUCUCAGCUCCUGGGCUUCACCUUCAAUGAUAUGUUCAUCCGCAUCUCCACCCGCCUGCCCUCCACAUACAUCUAUGGCUUUGGGGAAACUGAGCACACAACCUUCAAGAUAGACUUGAACUGGCACACGUGGGGCAUGUUUUCCAGGGACGAGCCCCCGGGGUACAAGAAGAAUUCCUAUGGUGUCCACCCUUACUACAUGGGUCUAGAGGAGGAUGGCAAUGCCCAUGGAGUCCUCCUGAUGAACAGCAAUGCCAUGGAUGUGACAUUUCAGCCCCUGCCUGCCCUAACAUACAGGACCACAGGGGGCAUUCUGGAUUUCUAUGUGUUUUUGGGCCCAACUCCAGAGCUUGUCACUCAGCAAUACACAGAGUUGAUAGGUCGGCCUGUGAUGGUACCUUACUGGUCCCUGGGAUUCCAGCUGUGUCGCUAUGGAUAUGAGAAUGAUACUGAGAUCGCCAACUUGUAUGAUGAGAUGGUGGCUAAGCAGAUCCCCUAUGACGUGCAGUACUCAGACAUCGACUACAUGGAGAGGCAGCUGGACUUCACCCUCAGCCCCAAGUUCUCUGGGUUUCCAGACCUGAUCAAUCGCAUGAAGGGCAAUGGGAUGCGGGUCAUCCUCAUUCUGGACCCAGCCAUUUCUGGCAAUGAGACACAGCCCUAUCCUGCCUUCACCCGGGGUGUGGAGAAUGAUGUCUUCAUCAAAUAUCCCAAUAAUGGAGACAUUGUCUGGGGAAAGGUCUGGCCUGAUUACCCUGAUAUUGUGGUGGAUCCCUCUCUAGACUGGGACAGUCAACUGGAGCAAUACCGAGCUUAUGUGGCCUUCCCAGACUUUUUCCGUGAUUCAACUGCCACAUGGUGGAAGAAGGAGAUUCAAGAACUCUACACGAACCCACAGGAACCAGGGAAGAGCUUGAAGUUUGAUGGCCUGUGGAUUGAUAUGAAUGAACCUUCCAGCUUUGUGAAUGGGGCAGUUCCUUCUGGCUGCAGUGAUUCUACUCUGAACCGCCCACCCUACAUGCCUUAUUUGGAAGCCAGGGACAGGGGCUUGAGCAGCAAGACCCUGUGCAUGGAGAGUGAGCAGAUUCUUCCAGAUGGCACCCUAUUACGGCACUAUGAUGUGCACAGCCUGUAUGGGUGGUCCCAGACCAGACCCACCUAUGAAGCUGUGCAGGAGGUGACAGGAGAGAGAGGGGUCGUCAUCACCCGCUCCACAUUCCCCUCUUCUGGACGCUGGGCAGGACACUGGCUGGGAGACAACACAGCUGCCUGGGACCAGCUGGGGAAAUCCAUCAUUGGCAUGAUGGAGUUCAGUCUCUUUGGCAUCUCCUAUACCGGGUCAGACAUCUGUGGGUUCUUUCAAGAUGCUGAGUAUGAGAUGUGUGUGCGCUGGAUGCAGCUGGGUGCAUUUUACCCCUUCUCCAGGAACCACAACACCAUUGGGACGAGGAGACAAGACCCUGUGUCCUGGGAUGAAACCUUUGAGAAUAUUUCCAGAAGUGUGCUAGAGACCAGAUACACCCUGUUGCCAUAUCUCUACACCUUGAUGUACAAGGCCCACACGGAGGGCAGCACAGUUGUGCGGCCUCUUCUCCAUGAGUUUCUGUCAGACCGGGAGACAUGGAAUAUAGACAGACAGUUCCUGCUGGGUCCAGCCUUCCUGGUCAGCCCUGUGCUGGAGCCUAAUGCCAGAAAUGUCAGUGCCUAUUUCCCUAAAGCCCACUGGUAUGACUACUACACGGGUGCAGACGUUAAUUCAACAGGGGAGUGGAAGCUCUUGCCAGCCCCUCUUGAACACAUCAAUCUUCACAUCCGUGGAGGUUACAUCUUGCCAUGGCAACAACAUGCUCUGAACACACACUUGAGCCGGAAGAACCCUCUCGGUCUGCUCAUUGCCCUGGAUAAGAACAAAGAGGCAAGAGGAGAGCUGUUCUGGGACGAUGGACAGUCAAAGGAUACUGUGACCACAAACUCUUACCUAUUCAGUGAAUUUUCUGUCACCCAAAACCAUUUGAAUGUGACCAUUUCAAGUCCAAACUACAAGGAUCCCAAUAACUUGGCAUUCCAGGAAAUUAAAAUCCUUGGGACAGAGGCAAUUUACAAUGUUAUAGUGAAACAGAAUGGUGUCCUUAGUCAGAUGUCUCCUCAAAUCACUUACAAUUCAAACUUGAAGGUGGCCACCAUCACAGAUAUCCAUCUUGUGCUGGGAGAAGCAUACACAGUUGAGUGGAACAUCAUGAUGGACCAGGAGAAGAUAGACUGCUACCCAGAUGAGGAUGGUGCAACUGAGGCCAAAUGCACUGCCCGUGGCUGCAUCUGGGAGGAAUCCAGCUCUUCUGGGGUCCCUUAUUGCUACUUUGCCAAUGAGCUGUACUCAGUCAGCAAUGUUCAGAAUCACCCGAAUGAGGCCACAGCCGACAUCUCCUUGAAGCCUUCUCCUUAUAGCAAUGCCUUCCCGUCUACACCCGUGAAUCAACUGCAGCUCCGAGUCAUCUACCACAAGAAUGAAAUGUUGCAGUUCAAGAUCUAUGAUCCCAACCACAGUCGGUAUGAAGUCCCAGUGCUUCUGAACAUUCCCACUGCUCCAUCCAGCACCCCUGAAGGCCGUCUCUAUGAUGUCCUCAUCAAACAGAAUCCAUUUGGAAUUGAAAUUCGCAGGAAGAGUACAGGCACUGUAAUCUGGGACUCUCAGCUCCUCGGCUUCACAUUCAAUGACAUGUUCAUCCACAUCUCCACCCGCCUGCCCUCCACAUACAUCUAUGGCUUUGGGGAAACUGAGCACACAACCUUCAAGAUAGACUUGAACUGGCACACGUGGGGCAUGUUUUCCAGGGACGAGCCCCCGGGGUACAAGAAGAAUUCCUAUGGUGUCCACCCUUACUACAUGGGUCUAGAGGAGGAUGGCAAUGCCCAUGGAGUCCUCCUGAUGAACAGCAAUGCCAUGGAUGUGACAUUCCAGCCUCUGCCUGCCCUCACAUACAGGACCACAGGGGGCAUUCUGGACUUCUUUGUGUUCUUGGGCCCAACUCCAGAGCUUGUCACUCAGCAAUACACAGAGUUGAUAGGUCGGCCUGUGAUGGUACCUUACUGGUCCCUGGGAUUCCAGCUGUGUCGCUAUGGAUAUGAGAAUGAUACUGAGAUCGCCAACUUGUAUGAUGAGAUGGUGGCUAAGCAGAUCCCCUAUGACGUGCAGUACUCAGACAUCGACUACAUGGAGAGGCAGCUGGACUUCACCCUCAGCCCCAAGUUCUCUGGGUUUCCAGACCUGAUCAAUCGCAUGAAGGACAAUGGGAUGCGGGUCAUCCUCAUUCUGGACCCAGCCAUUUCUGGCAAUGAGACACAGCCCUAUCCUGCCUUCACCCGGGGUGUGGAGAAUGAUGUCUUCAUCAAAUAUCCCAAUAAUGGAGACAUUGUCUGGGGAAAGGUCUGGCCUGAUUACCCUGAUAUUGUUGUGGACCCCUCUCUAGACUGGGACAGUCAAGUGGAGCAAUACCGAGCUUAUGUGGCCUUCCCAGACUUUUUCCGUGAUUCAACUGCCACAUGGUGGAAAAAGGAGAUUCAAGAACUCUACACAAACACACUGGAACCAGAGAAGAGCUUGAAGUUUGAUGGCCUGUGGAUUGAUAUGAAUGAACCUUCCAGCUUUGUGAAUGGGGCAGUUCCUUCGGGCUGCAGUGAUGCUACUCUGAACCGUCCACCCUACAUGCCACAUUUGGAAGCCAGGGACAGGGGUCUGAGCAGCAAGACCCUGUGCAUGGAGAGUGAGCAGAUGCUUCCAGAUGGCUCCCGGUUGCGGCACUAUGAUGUGCACAGCCUUUACGGGUGGUCCCAGACCAGACCCACCUACGAAGCUGUGCAGGAGGUGACAGGAGAGAGAGGGGUUGUCAUCACCCGCUCCACAUUCCCCUCUUCUGGACGCUGGGCAGGACACUGGCUGGGAGACAACACAGCUGCCUGGGACCAGCUGGGGAAAUCCAUCAUUGGCAUGAUGGAGUUCAGUCUCUUUGGCAUCUCCUAUACUGGGUCAGACAUCUGUGGGUUCUUUCAAGAUGCUGAGUAUGAGAUGUGUGUGCGCUGGAUGCAGCUGGGUGCAUUUUACCCCUUCUCCAGGAACCACAACACCAUUGGGACGAGGAGACAAGACCCUGUAUCCUGGGAUGAAACCUUUGAGAAUAUUUCCAGAAGUGUGCUAGAGACCAGAUACACCCUGUUGCCAUAUCUCUACACCUUGAUGUACAAGGCCCACACAGAGGGCAGCACAGUUGUGCGUCCCCUUCUCCAUGAGUUUCUGUCAGACCGGGAGACAUGGAAUAUAGACAGACAGUUCCUGCUGGGUCCAGCCUUCCUGGUCAGCCCUGUGCUGGAGCCUAAUGCCAGAAAUGUCAGUGCCUAUUUCCCUAAAGCCCACUGGUAUGACUACUACACGGGUGCAGACGUUAAUUCAACAGGAGAGUGGAAGCUCUUGCCAGCCCCUCUUGAACACAUCAAUCUUCACAUCCGUGGAGGUUACAUCUUGCCAUGGCAACAACAUGCUCUGAACACACACUUGAGCCGGAAGAACCCUCUCGGUCUGCUCAUUGCCCUGGAUGAGAACAAAGAAGCAAGAGGAGAACUGUUCUGGGACGAUGGACAGUCAAAGGAUACUGUGACCACAAACUCUUACCUAUUCAGUGAAUUUUCUGUCACCCAAAACCAUUUGAAUGUGACCAUUUCAAGUCCAAACUACAAGGAUCCCAAUAACUUGGCAUUCCAGGAAAUUAAAAUCUUUGGGACAGAGGAAAUUGCCAAUGCUAGAGUGAAACAGAAUGGUGUCCUUAGUCAGAUGUCUCCUCAAAUCACUUACAAUUCAAGCCUGAAGGUGGCCACCAUCACAGAUAUCCGUCUCAUGCUGGGAGAAGCAUACACAGUCGAGUGGGACAAUGUGAGGGAUCUGGAGAAGAUAGACUGCUACCCAGAUGAGGAUGGUGCAACUGAGGCCAAAUGCACUGCCCGUGGCUGCAUCUGGGAGGAAUCCAGCUUUUCUGGGGUCCCUUAUUGCUACAUUGCCAAUGAGCUGUACUCAGUCAGCAAUGUUCAGAAUCACCCAAAUGAGGCCACAGCUGACAUCUCCUUGAAGGCUUCUGCUUAUAGCAAUGCCUUUCCCUCUACACCCGUGAAUCAACUGCAGCUCCGAGUCAUCUACCACAAGAAUGAAAUGCUGCAGUUCAAGAUCUAUGAUCCCAACCACAGUCGGUAUGAAGUCCCAGUACCUCUGAACAUCCCCACUGCUCCAUCCAGCACCCCUGAAGGCCGUCUCUAUGAUGUCCUCAUCAAGGAAAAUCCAUUUGGGAUUGAAAUUCGCAGGAAGAGUACAGGCACUGUAAUCUGGGACUCUCAGCUCCUCGGCUUCACCUUCAAUGACAUGUUCAUCCGCAUCUCCACCCGCCUGCCCUCCACAUACAUCUAUGGCUUUGGGGAAACUGAGCACACAACCUUCAAGAUAGACUUGAACUGGCACACAUGGGGCAUGUUUUCCAGGGAUGAGCCCCCGGGGUACAAGAAGAAUUCCUAUGGUGUCCACCCUUACUACAUGGGUCUAGAGGAGGAUGGCAAUGCCCAUGGAGUCCUUCUGAUGAACAGCAAUGCCAUGGAUGUGACAUUCCAGCCCCUGCCUGCCCUAACAUACAGGACCACAGGGGGCAUUCUGGACUUCUAUGUGUUCUUGGGCCCAACUCCAGAGCUUGUCACUCAGCAAUACACAGAGUUGAUAGGUCGGCCUGUGAUGGUACCUUACUGGUCCCUGGGAUUCCAGCUGUGUCGCUAUGGAUAUGAGAAUGAUGCUGAGAUCUCCAGCUUGUAUGAUGAUAUGGUGGCUAAGCAGAUCCCCUAUGACGUGCAGUACUCAGACAUCGACUACAUGGAGAGGCAGCUGGACUUCACCCUCAGCCCCAAGUUCUCUGGGUUUCCAGACCUGAUCAAUCGCAUGAAGGGCAAUGGGAUGCGGGUCAUCCUCAUUCUGGACCCAGCCAUUUCUGGCAAUGAGACACAGCCCUAUCCUGCCUUCACCCGGGGUGUGGAAAAUGAUGUCUUCAUCAGAUAUCCCAAUAAUGGAGACAUUGUCUGGGGAAAGGUCUGGCCUGAUUACCCUGAUAUUGUUGUGGACCCCUCUCUAGACUGGGACAGUCAAGUGGAGCAAUACCGAGCUUAUGUGGCCUUCCCAGACUUUUUCCGUGAUUCAACUGCCACAUGGUGGAAAAAGGAGAUUCAAGAACUCUACACGAACACAUUGGAACCAGAGAAGAGCUUGAAGUUUGAUGGCCUGUGGAUUGAUAUGAAUGAACCUUCCAGCUUUGUGAAUGGAGCAGCUCCUUCGGGCUGCAGUGAUGCUACUCUGAACCGUCCACCCUACAUGCCACAUCUGGAAGCCAGGGACAGGGGUCUGAGCAGCAAGACCCUGUGCAUGGAGAGUGAGCAGAUGCUUCCGGGUGGCUCCCGGUUACGGCACUAUGAUGUGCACAGCCUUUACGGGUGGUCCCAGACCAGACCCACCUACGAAGCUGUGCAGGAGGUGACAGGAGAGAGAGGGGUCGUCAUCACCCGCUCCACAUUCCCCUCUUCUGGACGCUGGGCAGGACACUGGCUGGGAGACAACACAGCUGCCUGGGACCAGCUGGGGAAAUCCAUCAUUGGCAUGAUGGAGUUCAGUCUCUUUGGCAUCUCCUAUACUGGGUCAGACAUCUGUGGGUUCUUUCAAGAUGCUGAGUAUGAGAUGUGUGUGCGCUGGAUGCAGCUGGGUGCAUUUUACCCCUUCUCCAGGAACCACAACACCAUUGGGACGAGGAGACAAGACCCUGUGUCCUGGGAUGAAACCUUUGAGAAUAUUUCCAGAAGUGUGCUAGAGACCAGAUAUACCCUGUUGCCAUAUCUCUACACCUUGAUGUACAAGGCCCACACGGAGGGCAGCACCGUUGUGCGGCCUCUUCUCCAUGAGUUUGUGGCAGACCGUGAGACCUGGAAUAUAGACAAACAGUUCCUCCUGGGUCCAGCCUUCCUGGUCAGCCCUGUGCUAGAGCCCGGUGCUCGAAACGUCAGCGCAUAUUUCCCCACAGCCCUCUGGUAUGAUUACUAUACGGGUGCAGACAUCAAUUCAACAGGAGAGUGGAAGACCUUACCAGCCCCUCUUGAGCACAUCAAUCUUCAUGUCCGUGGGGGCUACAUCCUGCCAUGGCAACAACCCGCCCUGAACACUCACUUAAGCCGGAAGAACCCUCUCGGUCUGCUCAUUGCCCUGGAUGAGAACAAAGAAGCAAGAGGAGAACUGUUCUGGGAUGAUGGGCAGUCAAAGGAUCUCACAACCAAUAAUGUUCUAUGUCAAUUUUCAGUCACUCAAAACCACUUGGAUGUGAGUGCUGUAGGAUCAACCUACACAAAUCCUGAUAAUUUAGCAUUUCAGGAGAUUAAAAUUUUUGGAACACGGGCACUUUACAAUGUUACAGUGAAACACAAUGGUGUCAUAAGUCAGAUGUCUCCUCAAGUCACCUAUGAUCCUAACAUGAAGGUUGCAAUUAUUACGGGUAUCCAACUUCUCCUGAAAGAAUCCUAUACGGUGGAGUGGGAUGACAGCAUAAGGGACGAGGAAAAGAUAGACUGCUAUCCAGAUCAGGAUGCAGCUUCUGAAGCAAGCUGCACUGCCCGAGGCUGCAUCUGGGAGGAAUCCAGCUCUUCUGGGGUCCCUUAUUGCUACUUUGUCAAUGAGCUGUACUCAGUCAGCAAUGUUCAGUAUUACUCAAAUGUGGCCACAGCCGACAUCUCCUUGAAGCCUUCUCCUUAUAGCAAUGCCUUCCCGUCUACACCCGUGAAUCAACUGCAGCUCCGAGUCAUCUACCACAAGAAUGAAAUGCUGCAGUUCAAGAUCUAUGAUCCCAAUCACAGUCGGUAUGAAGUCCCAGUGCCUCUGAACAUCCCCGAUGAUCCAAUCAGCACCCGUGACGACCGUCUCUAUGAUGUCCUCAUCAAGCAGAAUCCAUUUGGGGUUGAAAUUCGCAGGAACAGUACAGGCACUGUAAUCUGGGACUCUCAGCUCCUCGGCUUCACUUUCAAUGACAUGUUCAUCCGCAUCUCCACCCGCCUGCCCUCCACAUACAUCUAUGGCUUUGGGGAAACUGAGCACACAACCUUCAAGAUAGACUUGAACUGGCACACGUGGGGCAUGUUUUCCAGGGACGAGCCCCCGGGGUACAAGAAGAAUUCCUAUGGUGUCCACCCUUACUACAUGGGUCUAGAGGAGGAUGGCAAUGCCCAUGGAGUCCUCCUGAUGAACAGCAAUGCCAUGGAUGUGACAUUCCAGCCCCUGCCUGCCCUCACAUACAGGACCACAGGGGGCAUUCUGGACUUCUUUGUGUUCUUGGGCCCAACUCCAGAGCUUGUCACUCAGCAAUACACAGAGUUGAUAGGUCGGCCUGUGAUGGUACCUUACUGGUCCCUGGGAUUCCAGCUGUGUCGCUAUGGAUAUGAGAAUGAUACUGAGAUCGCCAACUUGUAUGAUGAGAUGGUGGCUAAGCAGAUUCCCUAUGAUGUGCAGUACUCAGACAUCGACUACAUGGAGAGGCAGCUGGACUUCACCCUCAGCCCCAAGUUCUCUGGGUUUCCAGACCUGAUCAAUCGCAUGAAGGGCAAUGGGAUGCGGGUCAUCCUCAUUCUGGACCCAGCCAUUUCUGGCAAUGAGACACAGUCCUAUCCUGCCUUCACCCGGGGUGUGGAGAAUGAUGUCUUCAUCAAAUAUCCCAAUAAUGGAGACAUUGUCUGGGGAAAGGUCUGGCCUGAUUACCCUGAUAUCGUUGUGGACCCUGAUCUAGACUGGGACAGUCAAGUGGAGCAAUAUCGAGCUUAUGUGGCCUUCCCAGACUUUUUCCGUAAUUCCACUGCCACAUGGUGGAAGAGGGAAAUUGAAGAACUCUACACCAACCCACAGAAUCCAAAUAAGAGCUUGAAGUUUGAUGGCCUAUGGAUUGAUAUGAAUGAACCUUCCAGCUUUGUGAAUGGGGCAGUUCCUUCUGGCUGCAGCGAUGCUACUCUGAACCGUCCACCCUACAUGCCACAUUUGGAAGCCAGGGACAGAGGCCUGAGCAGCAAGACACUGUGCAUGGAGAGUGAGCAGAUUCUUCCAGAUGACUCUCGGGUGCGGCAUUAUGACGUGCACAGCCUGUACGGGUGGUCCCAGACCAGACCCACCUACGAAGCUGUGCAGGAGGUGACAGGAGAGAGAGGGGUCGUCAUCACCCGCUCCACAUUCCCCUCUUCUGGACGCUGGGCAGGACACUGGCUGGGAGACAACACAGCUGCCUGGGACCAGCUGGGGAAAUCCAUCAUUGGCAUGAUGGAGUUCAGUCUCUUUGGCAUCUCCUAUACUGGGUCAGACAUCUGUGGGUUCUUUCAAGAUGCUGAGUAUGAGAUGUGUGUGCGCUGGAUGCAGCUGGGCGCAUUUUACCCCUUCUCCAGGAACCACAACACCAUUGGGACGAGGAGACAAGACCCUGUGUCCUGGGAUGAAACCUUUGAGAAUAUUUCCAGAAGUGUACUAGAGACCAGAUACACCCUGUUGCCAUAUCUCUACACCUUGAUGUACAAGGCCCACACGGAGGGCAGCACAGUUGUGCGGCCUCUUCUCCAUGAGUUUGUGUCAGACCGUGAGACCUGGAAUAUAGACAAACAGUUCCUGCUGGGUCCAGCCUUCCUGGUCAGCCCUGUACUAGAGCCUAACGCCAGAACUGUAGAUGCAUAUUUUCCCAGAGCCCGCUGGUAUGACUACUACACGGGUGUAGAUAUUAAUGCAAGGGGACAAUGGAAGAACUUGCAAGCCCCUCUUGAACACAUUAAUCUUCAUGUCCGUGGGGGCUACAUCCUGCCCUGGCAGGAACCUGCCAUGAAUACCCGUUUGAGCCGUGAGAAGUUCAUGGGCCUCAAGGUUGCCUUGAAUGAUGAAGGACUUGCUGAGGGCUGGCUCUUCUGGGAUGAUGGGAAAAACAUCAAUAUCACUGAGCGAUACUACUUGGCCAGCUUUUCUGUUAGCCAGAAUACAUUGCAGACACAUGUUAUUCUUAAUAAUUACAUCACUGGUACAGCACCUUUGUACCUAGGCUACAUUGAAAUCUGGGGAUUGGGCAGUGUUUCCAUUACCAGUGUGAGCAUCGCUGGGAGCAACUUGAAUGAACCAGUCUCCUAUGACUACAACACCACAACUCAGGGCAGUAAAUCAACUGUGGCAGAAGGAAGCUCUAUUAGCCUCCUCACCUUUGCCCAGGGCUCCCUACGAAUCACUGAGGGACAGUCACAGCAAAGAAGACGACGAGACAGCAAUGAGAUGGCGAGAAAGCUCAGUAUAUUGGAAAUCCUUCUGAUCAUCUUCAAUAUAGUUGUAUUGGCAGUAGACAUCCUUUUAUUACUUCUCGUGCUGGAGAACCCUUCAGGUAAGGGUGAUGGUUCCUUUACUCCUGAGUGUCCAAACAUCGCUGAGUCAGAAAGGAUAGACUGUGCACCGGGCCAGGUGGUGACAGAGGAUGUCUGUCGAUGGCAGUAUAAAUGCUGCUGGAAUCCAGUGGCAGAUACCAAAGUCCCUGCAUGCUUCUUCCCUAGGAACUGGGGUUAUGAAGUCACCAAUGUCCUUACAAAUACAAGCAAAGGGUUGACUGCUCAAUUGAAAAAAGUUUCAUCUCCAUCUCUUUUUGGAAAUGAUAUCAUGGAUGCCCUCUUGACAGCUGAGUACCAGACAUCCAAUCGUUUUCACUUUAAGAUCACUGAUUUCAAUGAGAUGCGCUAUGAAGUCCCUCAUGAAAACAUCAACCUCAUGAAUGGGACUGCCGAUGAGUCUGUUUUGAGCUACUACGUAGAGGUCAUCGAUAAGCCCUUCAGCAUCCGAAUAAUGCGGAAGAGCAACAAUAGAGUCUUGUUGGACACAGGCAUUGGGCCUCUCCAGUUUGACCAGCAGUACCUGCAGCUGUCUUUCCGACUGCCCAGUUCCAAUGUGUAUGGGCUGGGGGAACACGUACACCAGCAGUACCUCCACAACAUGAGCUGGAACACCUGGCCCAUCUUCACCAGGGAUGCCCUUCCCACAGAGGGAAUGGUUAAUCUUUAUGGAGCACACACAUUCUUCUUGUGCCUUGAAGAUACCAGUGGGGCUUCUUUGGGAGUUUUUCUGUUGAACAGCAAUGCUAUGGAGGCCACACUUCAGCCUGCUCCUGCCAUCACUUACCGCACAACUGGGGGCAUUCUUGACUUUUACAUCUUCCUGGGGAACUCGCCAGAGCAAGUAGUUCAGGAGUACCUGGAGGUUGUUGGACGGCCAUUCUUGCCUUCUUACUGGAGCCUUGGUUUCCAGCUCAGCCGCAGGGAUUAUGGUGGUAUUAAUGAGUUGAGACAGGUUGUAGAGCGAAAUCGUGAUGCUGAGGUCCCAUAUGAUGUACAAUACUCAGACAUAGACUACAUGGCUGGAAGGAAAGAUUUCACUAUUGAUGAGCAGGCUUACCCCCAGCUCGCAGAGUUUGCUAAGGACCUGCAUGACAAUGGACAGAAAUAUGUAAUUAUUCUGAACCCUGGCAUCUUUAAGGACCCUGACUAUGAGGUCUAUGACAAUGGAAGCAAGAGCAGAGUGUGGAUCAUGAGCUCCAGUGGCUUUGCUGUUGGGGAGGGCUAUCCAGGAGAGUCAGUCUUUCCCGACUUUUCCAAUCCAGCCUCUAUUCUGUGGUGGACCCAGCAGCUCACUCAAUUUUACAAACUUCUGGAGUUUGAUGGUGUGUGGAUUGAAAUGGAUGAACUAUCUACGCUUCUCCAAGGUUCCAAUCACAAGUGCGAAUCAAACAACUUGAACUUUCCUCCUUUCACUCCCAGCAUCCUGAAUGGCUCUCUGUUGGUAGGAACCCUCUGCAUGGACACAGAGUUUUACUCAGGCCUUCACUAUGAUGUCCACAGCCUGUAUGGCUACACCAUGUCAAGAGCCACAGACUUGGCCCUGGGAACUGUCUUCUCUCCCAAGAGAAACUUCAUCUUAUCACGUUCUACUUUUGCUGGGUCUGGCAAGUUUGCUGCUCAUUGGCUGGGAAAUAAUUCAGCCUCCUGGGAUGAUCUCCGAUGGUCCAUCCCCAGCAUCCUUGAGUUUAACCUAUUUGGCAUCCCCAUGGUAGGGGCCAACAUCUGUGGCUACAGAAACAAUGUCACAGAGGAACUCUGUAGAAGGUGGAUGCAACUUGGAGCAUUUUACCCACUGUCCAGGAAUCACAAUGGUCCUACAUUCAUGGACCAGGACCCCGCUGCCUUUGGCCUUAACUCUAUGCUGUUGGAAUCCUCGAGACAUUAUCUGAACAUCCGUUAUACCUUACUGCCCUAUCUCUACACCCUCUUCUACCGUGCUCACACACUCGGAGAGACAGUAGCAAGACCCCUCGUACAUGAGUUCUAUCAAGACCCAGCCACAUGGGAGGUAUAUGAACAGUUCUUAUGGGGGCCUGGACUCCUUAUCACACCUGUGUUAUAUGAAGGAAUGGAACAAGUAAAAGCCUAUAUCCCAGAUGCCAUCUGGUAUGACUAUGAGACAGAACUGGCUAUCCAAUGGAGGAAACAGUUUGUAAACAUGAUACUACCAGGUGACAGGAUAGGGCUUCACCUUCGAGGCGGCUACAUAUUUCCCACCCAGCAGCCAAACAGAACCACAGAGGCCAGCCGGAAGAAUCCCUUGGGACUCAUUGUUGCCUUGGACUAUAAGCGAGAAGCAGAGGGCCAGUUGUACUGGGAUGAUGGUGUGUCUAAAGGCACAGUGGUAGAAAGGAAGUACAUUCUGUAUGAUUUCUCUGUUACAUCCAAUCGUUUACAGGCAAAAAUUCUAAACAAUAAUUAUGUGGAUCCCAAUGACCUCAUGUUUACAGACAUCAGAAUCUUGGGGCUGGACAAAGAGCCAACUGGUCUUAAUGUCUCACUUAAUAACAAUAUCAUCCCCAUUUCAAGCUACAAGUACAAUGCUUCAGCAAAGGUGUUGGUCAUCAAUAACCUCACAGGUCUGAAACUGGGACAAGAAUUCUCCAUCGAGUGGACUCUUGUAGUCAGUGACCUGGAGAAGUUUAACUGCUUCCCCGAAGAUCCUGCAGUCUCUGAGGAGAGCUGCAAGCAGCGGGGGUGCCUCUGGGAGCACACAACUACUUUUGGAGUGCCUACCUGUUUCUACGACACCAUUCCCCAGUAUGCUGCCAGUAACAUUCAGUACCAGCCCACUGGCAUCACCAUGGACCUGGCCCUCCUGGAAGUCUCAACAUCUGCCCGGGCAGCAGCAGCUCCAAGCGUUGUCUCUGAUCCUCUUUCUGGAAAGAUCAGCUCUCUUAAACUGAAUGUGACCUACCAUACAGAAAACAUGCUGCAGGUCAAGAUUUAUAGCCCCACUAACAAGAGAUAUGAGGUCCCAGUACCUCUGAACAUCCCUCCUUCGCCACUUGGCUCCUCUGAGAACUGCCUGUAUGACGUCACAGUUAAAACCAACCCAUUUGGACUCCAAAUUAGACGGAAAAGCUCCAGUACUGUGAUUUGGGAUUCUCAACUCCCCGGUUUCACCUUCAGUGAGAUGUUUCUUUCCAUUUCUACUCGACUUCCAUCUCAGUACAUCUAUGGCUUCGGGGAAACAGAGCAUGAAUCUUUCAGAAGGAACAUGAGUUGGAACACAUGGGGAAUGUUUGCUCGGGAUGAGCCACCAGCGUACAAGAAGAAUUCCUAUGGUGUUCACCCUUACUAUAUGGCAUUGGAAGAGGAUGGCAAUGCCAUUGGAGUGCUCCUGUUGAACAGCAAUGCCAUGGAUGUGACACUCCAACCUACCCCUGCCCUGACAUACCGCACCAUAGGAGGGAUUCUGGACUUCUAUAUGGUUCUGGGGCCAACACCUGAACUUGUAACUCAACAAUACACACAGUUGAUUGGUCGGCCAGCCAUGACUCCAUACUGGGCCUUAGGUUUCCAGCUGAGUCGCUAUGGAUACCAGAGUGAUGAAGAAAUCGCCAGUUUGUAUGAUGCAAUGGUGGCAGCCCAGAUUCCCUAUGACGUCCAGCAUGUAGACAUCGAUUACAUGGACCGGAAGUUGGACUUCACCCUCAGCUCCAGCUUUCAAAAUCUCAGUGUCCUGAUUAAUCAAAUGAAGAAAAAUGGCAUGAGGUUUAUUCUUAUUCUGGACCCAGCCAUUUCUGGCAAUGAGACACACUAUCUAACAUUUACUCGAGGACAGGAAAACAAUGUGUUCAUCAAAUGGCCUGACUCCGAUGACAUUGUCUGGGGCAAGGUUUGGCCAGAUUUGCCCAAUGUAAAUGUGGAUGGAUCCCUUGACCAUGAGACUCAAGUUAAGCUAUACAGGGCCUAUGUUGCUUUUCCUGACUUCCUGCACUCCAGCACAUCUGCAUGGUGGAAGAAAGAGAUAGAGGAGCUCUAUUCAAAUCCUCGGGAGCCAGGGAAGAGCUUGAAGUUUGAUGGGCUGUGGAUCGAUAUGAAUGAGCCUUCAAACUUCGUGGAUGGAUCUGUCAAUGGCUGCCGCAAUGAAAUUCUCAAUAAACCACCCUAUAUGCCAUAUUUGGAAGGCAGGGACAGAGGCCUGAGCAGCAACACACUGUGCAUGGAGAGUGAGCAGAUCCUUCCAGAUGGCUCCCGGGUUCAGCACUAUGAUGUGCAUAGCCUUUAUGGGUGGUCCCAGACCAGACCCACCUAUGAAGCUGUGCAGGAGGCGACAGGAGAGAGAGGGGUCGUCAUCACCCGCUCCACAUUCCCCUCUUCUGGACGCUGGGCAGGACACUGGCUGGGAGACAACACAGCUGCCUGGGACCAGCUGGGGAAAUCCAUCAUUGGCAUGAUGGAGUUCAGUCUCUUUGGAAUACCUUAUACAGGAGCAGAUAUCUGUGGGUUCUUUGGAGAUGCUGAGUUUGAGAUGUGUAUCCGCUGGAUGCAACUGGGUGCAUUUUAUCCAUUUUCCAGGAACCACAACAAUGCUGGGACUAGGAGACAAGAUCCCGUGGCCUGGAAUUCAACCUUUGAGGAGUACUCAAGGAAAGUACUGGAGACCAGGUACUCCCUGCUGCCGUAUCUGUACACCCUGAUGCACAAAGCUCACACUGAGGGCAGCACCGUCAUUCGAGCGCUUCUCCACGAGUUCAUAGAUGACAAUAAAACCUGGGAUAUAGACCAACAGUUCAUGUUGGGCCCUGCUCUCCUGAUCAGCCCCGUUCUGAAGAGUAACACAUUUGAGAUAUCUGCUUAUUUCCCCAGAGCCCGGUGGUAUGACCAUAGCACGGGAUCUGGCCAAGAAUCAAUAGGUGAAUGGAAAACAUUGGCAGCUCCUCUGGACCACAUCAACCUUCAUGUCAGAGGAGGCUACAUCCUGCCUUGGCAAGAGCCUGCAAUGAACACUCACUACAGUCGACAAAAUUUUGUGGGAUUGACUGUUGCUUUGGAUGAUAAAGGGAAGGCUGAAGGUCAGAUGUUUUGGGAUGAUGGACAAAGCAUGGACACAUAUGAAAAGGGAAAUUAUUUCUUGGCUAACUUUAUAGCAACACAGGACACCUUGAAAAUCCAGGUCAUACAUAAUCAGUAUCUGAGUAACUCAAAUCCACUGAAAGUUGGAUACAUUAGAAUCUGGGGUUUAAACUCCUCUUAUGUGGCACACAUCAGUCUUACCUACAACAACCAGCCAUUUACUGAGAACAAUUUCACAAGUGACCCCUACAAUCAGAAACUAACAAUUCAACUGACUGAAAAGAAUAUGAACUUAGAAGAGCUGACUGAGGUUAUUUGGGUUUAUGGAGAUCCAGCACUUCCCACACCAAUGACAACCAGUGUAUUUCCCACAAGCUCUCACCCAUCUGCAAAUAGCACUGAAAUAACUACACCUUUCCCUACAAGUCCUUCUACUGCUAACACUAGUGAUGUGAUUCCUUUCACAACAACUCCUGAAACAACCACUGUCCACAAUACAGCUAACACCACAUUUCCUGACAUAACUACACCUUUCCCUACAAGUCCUUCUACUGCUAACACUAGUGAUGUGAUUCCUUUCACAACAACUCCUGAAACAACCACUGUUGACAAUACAACUAACACCACAUUUCCUGACAUAACUACACCUUUCCCUACAAGUCCUGCUACUGCUAACACUAGUGAUGUGAUUCCAUUCACAACCACAACUCCUGAAACAACCACUGUCCACAAUACAACUAACACCACAUUUCCUGACAUAACUACACCUUUCCCUACAAGUCCUGCUACUGCUAACACUAGUGAUGUGAUUCCAUUCACAACCACAACUCCUGAAACAACCACUGUCGACAAUACAACUAACACCACAUUUCCUGACAUAACUACACCUUUCCCUACAAGUCCUGCUACUGCUAACACUAGUGAUGUGAUUCUAUUCACAACAACAACUCCUGAAACAACUACUGUUGACAACACAACUAACACCACAUUUCCUGACAUAACUACACCUUUCCCUACAAGUCCUGCUACUGCUAACACUAGUGAUGUGAUUCCAUUCACAACCACAACUCCUGAAACAACCACUGUCGACAAUACAACUAACACCACAUUUCCUGACAUAACUACACCUUUCCCUACAAGUCCUGCUACUGCUAACACUAGUGAUGUGAUUCCAUUCACAACAACAACACCUGAAACAACUACUGUUGACAACACAACUAACACCACAUUUCCUGACAUAACUACACCUUUCCCUACAAGUCCUGCUACGGCUAACACUAGUGAUGUGAUUCCUUCCACAACAACAACUCCUGAACCAAGUACAAACAGCACCACAUUUCCUGACAUAACUACAUCUUUCCCUACAAGUCCUUCUACUGCUAACACUAGUGAUGUGAUUCCUUCCACAACAACAACUCCUGAACCAACUACUGUCAACAAUACAACUAACACCAUAUUUCCCGACAUAACUACACCUUUCCCUACAAGUCCUGCUACUGCUAACACUAGUGAUGUGAUUCCAUUCACAACCACAACUCCUGAAACAACCACUGUCGACAAUACAACUAACACCACAUUUCCUGACAUAACUACACCUUUCCCUACAAGUCCUGCUACUGCUAACACUAGUGAUGUGAUUCCUUCCACAACAACAACUCCUGAACCAAGUACAAACAGCACCACAUUUCCUGACAUAACUACAUCUUUCCCUACAAGUCCUGCUACUGCUAACACUAGUGAUGUGAUUCCAUUCACAACCACAACUCCUGAAACAACCACUGUCGACAAUACAACUAACACCACAUUUCCUGACAUAACUACACCUUUCCCUACAAGUCCUGCUACUGCUAACACUAGUGAUGUGAUUCCAUUCACAACAACAACUCCUGAAACAACUACUGUUGACAACACAACUAACACCACAUUUCCUGACAUAACUACACCUUUCCCUACAAGUCCUGCUACGGCUAACACUAGUGAUGUGAUUCCAUUCACAACCACAACUCCUGAAACAACUACUGCUGACAAUACAACUAACACCACAUUUCCUGACAUAACUACACCUUUCCCUACAAGUCCUGCUACUGCUAACACUAGUGAUGUGAUUCCAUUCACAACAACAACUCUUGAACCAACUACUGUCCACAAUACAACUAACACCACAUUUCCUGACAUAACUACACCUUUCCCUACAAGUCCUGCUACUGCUAACACUAGUGAUGUGAUUCCAUUCACAACCACAACUCCUGAAACAACCACUGUCGACAAUACAACUAACACCACAUUUCCUGACAUAACUACACCUUUCCCUACAAGUCCUGCUACCGCUAACACUAGUGAUGUGAUUCCAUUCACAACAACAACUCCUGAAACAACUACUGUUGACAACACAACUAACACCACAUUUCCUGACAUAACUACACCUUUCCCUACAAGUCCUGCUACGGCUAACACUAGUGAUGUGAUUCCUUCCACAACAACAACUCCUGAACCAAGUACAAACAGCACCACAUUUCCUGACAUAACUACAUCUUUCCCUACAAGUCCUUCUACUGCUAACACUAGUGAUGUGAUUCCUUCCACAACAACAACUCCUGAAACAACUACUGUCAACAAUACAACUAACACCAUAUUUCCCGACAUAACUACACCUUUCCCUACAAGUCCUGCUACUGCUAACACUAGUGAUGUGAUUCCAUUCACAACCACAACUCCUGAAACACCCACUGUCCACAAUACAACUAACACCACAUUUCCUGACAUAACUACACCUUUCCCUACAAGUCCUGCUACUGCUAACACUAGUGAUGUGAUUCCAUUCACAACCACAACUCCUGAAACAACCACUGUUGACAACACAACUAACACCACAUUUCCUGCUCUAGCUACAAAUUUCCCUACCAGUCUUCCCACUGCUAACACUAGUGAUGUGAUUCCAUUCACAACCACAACUCCUGAAACAACUACUGCUGACAAUACAACUAACACCACAUUUCCUGACAUAACUACACCUUUCCCUACAAGUCCUGCUACUGCUAACACUAGUGAUGUGAUUCCAUUCACAACCACAACUCCUGAAACAACCACUGUCGACAAUACAACUAACACCACAUUUCCUGACAUAACUACACCUUUCCCUACAAGUCCUGCUACUGCUAACACUAGUGAUGUGAUUCCUUUCACAACCACAACUCCUGAAACAACCACUGUCCACAAUACAACUAACACCACAUUUCCUGACAUAACUACACCUUUCCCUACAAGUCCUGCUACUGCUAACACUAGUGAUGUGAUUCCAUUCACAACCACAACUCCUGAAACAACCACUGUCGACAAUACAACUAACACCACAUUUCCUGACAUAACUACACCUUUCCCUACAAGUCCUGCUACUGCUAACACUAGUGAUGUGAUUUCAUUCACAACAACAACUCCUGAAACAACUACUGUUGACAACACAACUAACACCACAUUUCCUGACAUAACUACACCUUUCCCUACAAGUCCUGCUACUGCUAACACUAGUGAUGUGAUUCCAUUCACAACCACAACUCCUCAAACAACCACUGUCCACAAUACAACUAACUCCACAUUUCCUGAUAUAACUACACCUUUCCCUACAAGUCCUGCUACUGCUAACACUAGUGAUGUGAUUCCAUUCACAACAACAACUCUUGAACCAACUACUGUCCACAAUACAACUAACACCACAUUUCCUGAAAUAACUACACCUUUCCCUACAAGUCCUGCUACUGCUAACACUAGUGAUGUGAUUCCAUUCACAACCACAACUCCUGAAACAACCACUGUCCACAAUACAACUAACACCACAUUUCCUGACAUAACUACACCUUUCCCUACAAGUCCUGCUACCGCUAACACUAGUGAUGUGAUUCCAUUCACAACAACAACUCCUGAAACAACUACUGUUGACAACACAACUAACACCACAUUUCCUGACAUAACUACACCUUUCCCUACAAGUCCUGCUACGGCUAACACUAGUGAUGUGAUUCCUUCCACAACAACAACUCCUGAACCAAGUACAAACAGCACCACAUUUCCUGACAUAACUACAUCUUUCCCUACAAGUCCUUCUACUGCUAACACUAGUGAUGUGAUUCCUUCCACAACAACAACUCCUGAAACAACUACUGUCAACAAUACAACUAACACCAUAUUUCCCGACAUAACUACACCUUUCCCUACAAGUCCUGCUACUGCUAACACUAGUGAUGUGAUUCCAUUCACAACCACAACUCCUGAAACACCCACUGUCCACAAUACAACUAACACCACAUUUCCUGACAUAACUACACCUUUCCCUACAAGUCCUGCUACUGCUAACACUAGUGAUGUGAUUCCAUUCACAACCACAACUCCUGAAACAACCACUGUUGACAACACAACUAACACCACAUUUCCUGCUCUAGCUACAAAUUUCCCUACCAGUCUUCCCACUGCUAACACUAGUGAUGUGAUUCCAUUCACAACCACAACUCCUGAAACAACUACUGCUGACAAUACAACUAACACCACAUUUCCUGACAUAACUACACCUUUCCCUACAAGUCCUGCUACUGCUAACACUAGUGAUGUGAUUCCAUUCACAACCACAACUCCUGAAACAACCACUGUCGACAAUACAACUAACACCACAUUUCCUGACAUAACUACACCUUUCCCUACAAGUCCUGCUACUGCUAACACUAGUGAUGUGAUUCCUUUCACAACCACAACUCCUGAAACAACCACUGUCCACAAUACAACUAACACCACAUUUCCUGACAUAACUACACCUUUCCCUACAAGUCCUGCUACUGCUAACACUAGUGAUGUGAUUCCAUUCACAACCACAACUCCUGAAACAACCACUGUCGACAAUACAACUAACACCACAUUUCCUGACAUAACUACACCUUUCCCUACAAGUCCUGCUACUGCUAACACUAGUGAUGUGAUUUCAUUCACAACAACAACUCCUGAAACAACUACUGUUGACAACACAACUAACACCACAUUUCCUGACAUAACUACACCUUUCCCUACAAGUCCUGCUACUGCUAACACUAGUGAUGUGAUUCCAUUCACAACCACAACUCCUCAAACAACCACUGUCCACAAUACAACUAACUCCACAUUUCCUGAUAUAACUACACCUUUCCCUACAAGUCCUGCUACUGCUAACACUAGUGAUGUGAUUCCAUUCACAACAACAACUCUUGAACCAACUACUGUCCACAAUACAACUAACACCACAUUUCCUGAAAUAACUACACCUUUCCCUACAAGUCCUGCUACUGCUAACACUAGUGAUGUGAUUCCAUUCACAACCACAACUCCUGAAACAACCACUGUCGACAAUACAACUAACACCACAUUUCCUGACAUAACUACACCUUUCCCUACAAGUCCUGCUACCGCUAACACUAGUGAUGUGAUUCCAUUCACAACAACAACUCCUGAAACAACUACUGUUGACAACACAACUAACACCACAUUUCCUGACAUAACUACACCUUUCCCUACAAGUCCUGCUACGGCUAACACUAGUGAUGUGAUUCCUUCCACAACAACAACUCCUGAACCAAGUACAAACAGCACCACAUUUCCUGACAUAACUACAUCUUUCCCUACAAGUCCUUCUACUGCUAACACUAGUGAUGUGAUUCCUUCCACAACAACAACUCCUGAAACAACUACUGUCAACAAUACAACUAACACCAUAUUUCCCGACAUAACUACACCUUUCCCUACAAGUCCUGCUACUGCUAACACUAGUGAUGUGAUUCCAUUCACAACCACAACUCCUGAAACACCCACUGUCCACAAUACAACUAACACCACAUUUCCUGACAUAACUACACCUUUCCCUACAAGUCCUGCUACUGCUAACACUAGUGAUGUGAUUCCAUUCACAACCACAACUCCUGAAACAACCACUGUUGACAACACAACUAACACCACAUUUCCUGCUCUAGCUACAAAUUUCCCUACCAGUCUUCCCACUGCUAACACUAGUGAUGUGAUUCCAUUCACAACCACAACUCCUGAAACAACUACUGCUGACAAUACAACUAACACCACAUUUCCUGACAUAACUACACCUUUCCCUACAAGUCCUGCUACUGCUAACACUAGUGAUGUGAUUCCAUUCACAACCACAACUCCUGAAACAACCACUGUCGACAAUACAACUAACACCACAUUUCCUGACAUAACUACACCUUUCCCUACAAGUCCUGCUACUGCUAACACUAGUGAUGUGAUUCCUUUCACAACCACAACUCCUGAAACAACCACUGUCCACAAUACAACUAACACCACAUUUCCUGACAUAACUACACCUUUCCCUACAAGUCCUGCUACUGCUAACACUAGUGAUGUGAUUCCAUUCACAACCACAACUCCUGAAACAACCACUGUCGACAAUACAACUAACACCACAUUUCCUGACAUAACUACACCUUUCCCUACAAGUCCUGCUACUGCUAACACUAGUGAUGUGAUUUCAUUCACAACAACAACUCCUGAAACAACUACUGUUGACAACACAACUAACACCACAUUUCCUGACAUAACUACACCUUUCCCUACAAGUCCUGCUACUGCUAACACUAGUGAUGUGAUUCCAUUCACAACCACAACUCCUCAAACAACCACUGUCCACAAUACAACUAACUCCACAUUUCCUGAUAUAACUACACCUUUCCCUACAAGUCCUGCUACUGCUAACACUAGUGAUGUGAUUCCAUUCACAACAACAACUCUUGAACCAACUACUGUCCACAAUACAACUAACACCACAUUUCCUGAAAUAACUACACCUUUCCCUACAAGUCCUGCUACUGCUAACACUAGUGAUGUGAUUCCAUUCACAACCACAACUCCUGAAACAACCACUGUCCACAAUACAACUAACUCCACAUUUCCUGAUAUAACGACACCUUUCCCUACAAGUCCUGCUACUGCUAACACUAGUAAUGUGAUUCCAUUCACAACAACAACUCCUGAAACAACCACUGUCGACAAUACAACUAACACCACAUUUCCUGACAUAACUACACCUUUCCCUACAAGUCUUGCUACGGCUAACACUAGUGAUGUGAUUCCUUCCACAACAACAACUCCUGAACCAAGUACAACCAGCACCACAUUUCCUGACAUAACUACGUCUUUCUCUACAAGUCCUACUGUUGUUAACACUAGUGAUGUGAUUCCUUUCACAACCACAACUCCUGAAACAACUACUGUUGACAAUACAACUAACACCACAUUUCCUGACAUAACUACACCUUUCCCUACAAGUCCUGCUACUGCUAACACUAGUGAUGUGAUUCCUUUCACAACCACAACUCCUGAAACAACCACUGUCCACAAUACAACUAACACCACAUUUCCUGACAUAACUACACCUUUCCCUACAAGUCCUACCGUUGCUAACACUAGUGAUGUGAUUCCAUUCACAACAACAACUCCUGAAACAACCACUCUUGACAACACAACUAACACCACAUUUCCUGCUCUAGCUACAAAUUUCCCUACCAGUCUUCCCCCUGCUAACACUAGUGAUGAUUCCAUUCACAACCACAACCCCUGAACCAAUUACUGUCCACAAUACAACUAACACCACAUUUCCUGACAUAACUACACCUUUCCCUACAAGUCCUACUGUUGCUAACACUAGUGAUGUGAUUCCAUUCACAACAACAACUCCUGAAACAACCACUGUUGACAAUACAACUAACACCACAUUUCCUGAUAACUACAGCUUUCCCUACAAGUCCUGAUACUGCUUACACUAGUGAUGUGAUUCCAUUCACAUCUACAACCUCUGAAACAACUACUGUUGACAAUACAACUAAUACCACAUUUCCUGACAUAACUACAAAUUUCCUACCAGUCUUCCCAGUGCUGACACUAGUGAUAUGAUUAAUCACAACCACAACUACUGCAGAAAGUACUGUUGACAAUGUAACUAGUACUAUACUUCCUCCAAGAAUUACACCUUUAGUUAGCAGUACUCCAAUUGUUAGCACUAGUGCUGUGGUCCCUGUCACAGCGACAGCUAUUGGAACAAGUACUGUGGAUGCUGCAAACUCUACUGUGGUGCCAUGAUGUUACUCAAGGGUCUAGUGCAGUGGUUCUCAACUUUCCUAAUUCUGUGACUAUUUUGCAGAGUUCCUCAUAUUGUGGUCAACUUCAACCAUAAAAUUAUUUUGUUACUAUUUUACAACUGUAGUUUUGCUGCUGUUAUUAAUAAUAAUGUAUAUUAUCUGAUACGUGUCCCCUGUGGAGGUCGAGACCCACAGGUUGAGAGCCAUUGCUACAAAAAUUGUGAAUGUACUUAGCAUAGCUUGGCUUCCAAAAAUAGUUUUUGUCUCAUCUUAGAUAUAGAUACUCCAAGAACGACAACAAUUGUAGAUGUAUAAGGAUGUAUCCAUUCCAAAUAUAACUUCUACCAAAGAAGGUAUACAUGCUUAUCCUGAUGUCUGAAUGCAUACCACAAUUAUUUCCUAUGUUAGCUAUUAUACCUAUGGCCUUAUUGGUUAAAUGAUGCAUAUGUCCAUGGCCUUCACUUGCAAUAUUCAUACCUCAUUACCAUACCACACCACAUUCUGUGAGUACUAUUGCUAUAGGUUUUGUGAAAUAGUCCCACUCAUACUGUUUUCUUGGGUUACAAGGCCUAAUCCAAUAUUGGAGAGCCCUAAUGAUACUGAAGUUACCUCACUGACAGCAAUUGUUUACAUUGUAGAUUCUUUUUCACAUUACUAAUGAUGUGAAAAGUAGUAUUUUAUUUUCCUAUGGACUUUUCCAAAUAUUCUGUCUUGGCUGUCUAUGCAGUAGCUUACUAUCAUACAUACUAACGCCAUUUUUGCUUUCAAGGGAAUUCCAGCUAUUGGUAUAGACAUUGAAACUGCCACUAUUGUAGAUGUUUAUAAAUCUCAACUUCAAGCACUGAAGUCAUUAAAUUAUAGACAUAGCAAUUUUACUAUCAAAGAAAAUAAAUAUAAGAUUACAGGUGCUAAAAAUAUAGGUUCUCUAGCCUUGCAAUAAUUACUCUUAUAAGUGUUAGUGACACUAUACAGCUCUCAUAAGCAUAUUGAGCCUUCCUCAUCUCAAGUGCUUGGUACUAAAACUGUUUCAGAUUUUAUAUUCCACAUGUCUGAACAUUUGCAUCUACAGAGUGAUAUAUCAAAUCCAAACAUGACAUUCAUUAAUGCUCAUGUAUACCCUAGACAUACAGAGCUUGAAAUUAUUUCAUAUAACAUUUAAAGUAAUUAUAUGCAUAAAACAAAGUUCAUGAUGUGAAGUUUUCCACUCAUGGCAUUAUGUUGGUACUCAAAAUGUGUUAUAUUUUUGGAUUAGGAAUACUCCUACUUGUACUUCUGUUUAUAGAUACCAAACUGCUCUAGAAUUUUGAAAUCACUCUUCUGAGCUAGUUUUAGGCCCUCACUGUUCCCGCUAAUGACUAACUCUGACGUGCUUACAUACUAGAACUUACCCAGACCGAGAUAUGACCAUAGGCAUAGCCCCAGGAAGCAGUCUAUCCUGGAUUGGAGUUUCUAAUCCUGGUCACCUAUCCUUUUACUUUGUUGUUUUAUUGUCAAGUCUCUCCUUUGGUAUGUUAGAGGUUCCUGAAUGGUUCUGAUCUCUCAUAAACAAAUUUACCACACACCUUUGACCUACUGCUUCCUUAGAUCACUCCCUACCCUCAUCAGUAGACUCAUGGAUAUUACCCAAUCUAGCCAAUUGGGCACUAUUGAAGGUUUGAGCGGUAUUCUCAAAAUGUAGUUAUGAAAUCUGUGGGUUCCCCAGACACUUUGUAAAGUCAAUAGCAUAAAAUAUGUUCUCAUAAUA